UCCUCCACCACCGGGAUCCAGCCUACCCCCGCCGCACCGCCGGCGCCCCGCCGUGCAAUGCGAGCGGCGCCUGUCUGUCGUCCAACAAAAGAAGCUUCCUUUCUAUCUUCACUCCUUCUUCUUGGUGUGCAUGGUCGGCGGCUGCGGCGCUUUCUGUUCUUGCUGCCUUCUUCUUCUUCUACCCCUCGCGUCCUCUUCCUCGCCGCGCCACCGACAUUCCCUCGCUUACUCCGCCGGAGCGCCGCCGAGUUUAAUUUGCUGCGGAUCUGUUUGCUACAAGGUGGAGCGCCGCUAGCAUUUUAUCCCAAAAACUUGGGGAUUGGAUGCUUCGACUGAACCUCCAUGCGCCACGUUAGCCGCUCCACCAUCACUGCCUGGAACACUUAUUUUGUGUAGACCCCCAAAGUUUCAAGAAAAUGGACAAUGUGCUUGUUAUAGCAUUGUGCUGCCUGGUCUUGCUGCCAAGUUGGGCCGAUGGCCUUGGCUCCAUGGCGUCCAUUGCGGUGUCCUACGGCGAGGACGGCCCGGUGUUCUGCGGGCUCAACUCGGAUGGUUCUCACUUGGUCACCUGCUUCGGCGCAGAUGCCUCCGUUGUUUAUGGUGCCCCCAGCAGGAUCCCAUUCAUAGGCCUUACCGCGGGGGAUGGCUUUUCCUGUGGCCUAUUGCUUGACACCAAUCAGCCUUACUGCUGGGGGAGUAACUCCUAUGUCAAGAUUGGGGUGCCGCAGCCGAUGGUCGAGGGUGCCAUGUACUCAGAGCUCAGUGCAGGUGACAACCACCUUUGUGCCCUCCGAACAACUGUCAAGGGGUUUCACAGCGUGAAUGCAGAUACAUCGGUGAUUGAUUGCUGGGGGUACAACAUGACCGCCACACAUACUGUCGCUGGAGCUGUAUCGGCCAUUUCAGCUGGUUCAGUGUUCAAUUGUGGCUUGUUUGCACGGAACAGGACGGUUUUCUGCUGGGGCGAUGAAUCGGUUAGUGGUGUCAUUGGGCUAGCUCCGAGGAGUGUGCGGUUCCAGUCUAUCGGAGCAGGUGGUUAUCAUGUCUGUGGGGUGCUGGAGAAUGCACAGGUAUUCUGCUGGGGCAGGAGCUUAGAGAUGCAGCAGAUGUCAACAUCCAAUUCUAUUGACGAAGGUGAUGUGAACAUAGUGCCAAUGGAUGCGAUGGUCUCUGUGGUCGGUGGGCGGUUCCAUGCUUGUGGCAUCAGGAGUCUGGAUCACCAAGUGGCUUGCUGGGGUUUCACUCUUCAGAACAGCACGCAGGCACCAAAAGGGCUCAGAGUUUAUGCAAUUGUAGCUGGGGAUUACUUUACAUGUGGGGUGCCUGCUGAGACAUCGUUGAAGCCAAUGUGCUGGGGGCAUAGUGGGCCAUUAGCAUUACCAAUGGCGGUAUCCCCUGGGAUUUGUGUAUCCGAUUCAUGCAGCCAUGGGUACUAUGAAUAUGCAAAUCAUGGUGAAGUUGGCAGUGGUAGCAAGACAUGUAAGCCUGCAAAUUCUAGACUGUGCUUGCCCUGCAGUGUUGGUUGCCCGGACGAUGCAUUGGAGUCAUCACCCUGCAAUGCCACAGCUGACCGUGUUUGCCAGUUUGACUGCUUAAAGUGUGCCUCAGAUGAGUGUGUGUCAUUUUGUUUGUCCCAGAAACGAACCAAGAACCGCAAGUUCAUGGCUUUUCAGCUACGUAUUUUUGUUGCAGAGAUUGUAUUUGCCAUCAUAUUGGUGUUCAGUGUGACUGUUAUGGCUUGCCUGUAUGUCCGGUACAAGCUUCGGCAUUGUCAAUGUUCAAAGAACGAGUUGAGGCUGGCAAAGAAUACAACAUAUUCUUUCCGGAAGGACAACAUGAAGAUCCAGCCUGAUGUAGAGGACUUGAAGAUCAGGAGAGCUCAGGAAUUCUCAUACGAGGAGUUGGAGCAAGCAACAGGAGGCUUCUCAGAGGAUUCACAAGUUGGCAAAGGCAGCUUUUCAUGUGUGUUCAAGGGCAUUCUGAGAGAUGGUACAGUUGUUGCUGUGAAGCGUGCAAUUAAGGCAUCAGAUGUAAAGAAGAGCUCAAAGGAGUUCCAUACCGAACUUGACCUCCUCUCCAGGCUCAACCAUGCGCACUUGUUGAACCUGCUCGGUUACUGUGAGGAUGGCAGCGAGAGGCUCUUGGUUUAUGAGUUCAUGGCUCAUGGAUCCCUCUACCAACAUCUUCAUGGCAAGGAUUUGAACUUGAAGAAGAGACUGAAUUGGGCCAGGCGGGUCACUAUUGCUGUCCAGGCUGCUCGGGGCAUCGAGUACUUGCAUGGUUAUGCCUGCCCACCAGUAAUUCACCGAGACAUCAAGUCCUCAAACAUAUUGAUAGAUGAGGAUCACAAUGCGCGUGUCGCGGACUUUGGUCUAUCUAUAUUGGGCCCAGCAGAUAGUGGUACCCCACUAUCUGAGUUGCCUGCAGGAACACUUGGCUACCUUGAUCCCGAGUACUACCGCCUGCAUUACUUGACAACAAAGUCUGAUGUGUAUAGCUUUGGAGUUGUUCUUCUGGAGAUCCUAAGUGGCAGGAAAGCUAUUGACAUGCAGUUCGAGGAAGGAAAUAUUGUUGAAUGGGCAGUCCCAUUGAUCAAAGCUGGAGACAUUUCUGCCAUUCUUGAUCCUGUCUUAUCUCCUCCAUCUGAUCUUGAGGCUCUGAAGAAGAUUGCUGCUGUGGCAUGCAAGUGUGUCAGAAUGCGAGCCAAAGAUCGCCCUUCUAUGGAUAAGGUAACAACAGCUCUAGAGCGUGCUCUUGCAUUGCUGAUGGGUAGCCCGUGCAUUGAGCAACCCAUUCUGCCAACCGAGGUGGUUCUUGGGAGCAGCAGGAUGCACAAGAAGGUAUCGCAGCGGUCGUCGAACCAUUCAUGCUCGGAAAACGAUCUUGUUGAUGGGGAUGAUCAACGGAUCGAGUACAGAGCACCGUCCUGGAUAACAUUUCCAAGUGUGACCUCAUCGCAGAGGAGGAAAUCCUCAGCAUCUGAAGCUGACAUGGAUGGCCGAACGACCACCGAUGGAAGGAAUGUCGGGAGCAGCAUAGGGGAUGGGUUGCGGUCACUGGAGGAAGAGAUCAGCCCAGCCUCGCCGCAGGAAAACCUGUACUUGCAGCACAACUUCUGAUGAAAUUUCAAGAAACAGUGGAAAAUCCGGCAACUAUCUGCAGUUUAUGGUAUAAGCAUUGUGAGUGCAGCCAAUGUGACCUGUUCCUAUAUUGGAAAUGCAUUGCAAUGCCUAUACUCUAUGAAUCCAAUGGUACCAUGCCAUCUGAAAGGGAGAGGGAACUAGCUAUAGAGCACUGGAAAGAAGAAAUUUUAGCAGCUGGAGGCAUUUCUCUGUAGAUUGUUUUAUUUUUUGUUCUCUUUCCUGAUGUUUAUUUACAUGUGGAUGGUAACAUUUGAUGGAUGCUCAUCUGUAGCUUACAGAUCUGUACCCCUAAACAUCUCUGCACUUCUAGUGUUGCCUUACCUGCAAAUUUCAGUGCUGUAUGCCAAUUGAAGUGCAACUUUUUAGGUUCCC